UUCAGCAAUCAGGCCAUUGUUUAAAGCGUGACAUACUGGCAAAUGAGGUGACAGCUACGAUGUAAACGUUGAGUAUUUCUAAUGGAGGAGGCAAGCCUUCAAAAUGCAAUGAAAACAGGUGCAGAAAAUCAGCAGAGGAAGGUCAGGUUUCGUGUGGCCUCCUCUCGAAGUGGGAGAAUACUGAAGGAGGUCUUUGCAGAAGAAAGGACAGCAGAUUCGAAUGACUCCGAAUGUGCCAGUAGCUCAGGAACUGAACAAUUCAGUGCUUCAAAUGAAGUGAAUGGUCAUCAAAAUGGGCACUUAGGGUCAGAGCUGGAUGACAGUGAGAGUGAGCCAGAUGAUUUGCUUCUUUUUGCUGGAGUCUCGAAAGACAGAGGAUAUGGGACCAAAAGAGUCAACAUAUUAAGCAAAAAUGGGACAGUUCGAGGAGUGAAGCAUAAAGUCAGUGCUGGUCAAGCUCUUUUUAAUAACCUUUCCAAUGUCUAUCAGCCAAACUUAAUGCUGGAGUUUGGAAGAAUUGUAAUUUAUACCACCAGUUUCCGAGUGGUAAGAACAACCUUUGAACGAUGUGAACUGGUGAGGAAGAUAUUCCAGAAUCACAGAGUUAAAUUUGUCGAUAAAAAUAUUGCAUUAAACAUUGAAUAUGGAAAAGAACUGGAGGAACGGUGCAAAAGGGUGGCAGAAUCGCCAUCUCUUCCUGUGGUCUUCAUUGAUGGGCAUUAUCUUGGGGGUGCAGAAAAAAUAUUAGCAAUGAAUGAAUCAGGAGAGCUUCAGGAUCUUUUGACUAAAAUUGAGAAAGUUCAGCAUCCCCAAGAGUGUUCCACUUGUGGAGGAUUUUCUUUCGUUCCUUGCUCAGUGUGCCAUGGGAGUAAGAUGUCAGUGUUCCGAAACUGUUUCACAGACUCUUUUAAAGCCUUGAAAUGCACAUCAUGCAAUGAGAAUGGACUGCAGCCUUGCCCAAGUUGUGUCCACUAACAG